GCAGGAAUAAACAAACAUGGUGGUGUAGUUCACUUUUCAGAGUAGUUUGUCAAUUUUGAAGCUUUGUGAAAGUUUGUUAUUCGAAAUAGUCACUGUAAACAUCUUUUUAAGUGAAUGUUUGACUUUUAUUUUGUUGUCGAGGUGUUGUUUGUGUUCAGCGGUGAAAUGAGCGGCUGGGCCGGUUUUUCUGACGACGAGCUUCGAAGGCUGCAGCAGAGAGAACCAGUGGUGGCUCGGGGUCGGAGACCUGCAGCUGGCCGUAGUCGGCAGCAAUUACAGCGCGAGAGAGCGCUGCAGCUCUUUGUUCAGAGAGCUAAUGGAGCCUCGGAGGAGCUCAAAAAGCUGCCGCCGACAGCUGGGCUUCAGUCCACAAACCCGGCAGGAGUCCCGGAGCAGCAGCGCCUCAACAGACCACCGCCAAGGACUGAGCCUCAGCCCGGAGCUCCAGCAGGAGUCCUGGAGAAACAGCAGCUCAGCAGACCACCGGCAAGCACCGAGCCUCAGCCCGGAGCCCUGGCAGGAACCCCAGCAGGAAUCCCGGCUGUCAGAGAGGAGUUGCACAAACCAUCAGCGGAGGAGCAGGUUCCUGCUGUCAAAGAGCUGGAACAACAAGAGGUUGAAUUGCGGGAAAAGACGCAUCUGGAGCAGCUCCAGCAAGAGCAGAAAAUGAUGGAAGAGAUGAAUAAACAGAAGAAGGCACUGCUGGCAAAAACAAUCGCAGAAAAGUCCAAGCAGACUCAGGCAGAGGCGGUGAAGCUGAAGAGAAUCCAGAGGGAGCUCCAGGCCCUGGACAAUAUGGUGUCCAAUGACAUCGGCAUCCUGAGAGGAAAAAUCGAGCAGGCCAGCUGGGACUACAGCGCCGCCAGAAAGCGCUAUGAGAAGGCGGAGGCUGAGUACGUGGCGGCCAAGCUGGACCUUCACAAGAAGACAGAGCUGAAGGAGCAGCUUAUGGAGCACUUGUAUGCCGUCAUCCAGCAGAACGAGCUGCGCAAAGCCUGCAAACUGGAAGAGCUGAUGCAGCAGCUGCAGCUCCAUCCCAACAAGGAGGAGGCAGAGCAGCAGAAGCGGGGCUGUGAGGAGACUCCGCCCAGUGGCAAGGAGGAAAACGGUUUACCAAAGAACCAGGAGGGAAAUCUGCAUUCGUCUGACGUUGGCGAGACUGCUGUGGAAGAGUGUGUGGAGCUGGAGAGAGGAGGCAGCAUACAGGAAGACCAUCAGACCACGACCGAAUCGCCAAAGACUGAAGACACGCUCUGUGGGACAGACAGUCCAUCUCCGAGUCAAACCGUGGCCUCCUGACGUCAACAGUGAUGACGCAUUUCAUGUUCGUCACUCAUUAGUUCUUUCCUCGAAUCUUCAGUCACUCAUGGUUGCAGGGUUUUUUUUUUGUGUGUUCUUUUACUAGGUCAACCAGGUGUUCUAAACAGCUUAUAUUCCAUUAAGUCAGAUCUCGCACUCUGUCAUGCAGCUGCUUCACUUAGAAAAUUAAAUGAGAUUAAAUACGUUCAGAUCCAAUAAACAACAGGUGUGAAACUUAUCACACAGAUUCAUUCUAACAGCAGCAUGAAAAGUGCAACAGUGUUCCUGCAAAUAGGCGGUAAGAGUGCAAUGUUAUUAGUGCACACGGCGACUGCAAGCCUCAUCAUCCGUGUGACUGACACUACAAAUCAAACAAUCCUGAAUCAGGAUUCAUGACACUGUGCUGCAGUUAGCAUUAGCAUAGAUUCUACUCUGCCCCCAGCAGGAUACGUUAUUAAGAUUUUAUACUUGCAGCUUUCUGUAAAAUGCUUCAAGCAAUAUGUGCAAUAACUGCUGCUGCGUGCACCGCCAUGAUGUUACAGGAAGUUCAAAUGCUUCAACUCGUGUUGUGCACCAUCAUCAAGGGUGUUUUUGACCACCCUGUGGGGAAGUGGGAGAUGAUCUGCGUGCUCGACUGCCACCACGGCACAGACCAGACAUGAAUGUGCGCAAAAGACAAACACAGCAUUUUACAAGUUCAGCCACUUCCAAAUGUUGGUUAUUUAAAAACAGAAAUAAAGUUGUGGUGUUUUUGUUUGUUUGGAGGGUAUUUUAUUCCUGUGUUGUUGUUGUUUACUCCCAUAUGUUGUGUCUGUAGGUUUCAGCAGGCCCGGCCGUUCAUGUCUUUGCAGAAGACGAGCCGCUGAGACGACGUCUGCUGAUGUUUGUUUUGAUUCACCUGCAUCGUGUUUCUGAAUCUUUGCCUGGAUGUUUACUAUGUUAACGUGUUGAACAUAACGGCGUUAAUCUGGGAGGAUGUUUGACUCGAUAUGUGAACUCUGAUUUAUCUGUUUUCUGUGUUCCGGUGGGGAAAGAUGAAAGUGGUCUUUAUUGAAACGGUUCAGUCGGUAACUGAAUGUGAAACAUCUGGACUCAUGAAGACGUUUUUUGUAAUCAUACAAGAGAAUCGUUCAGAACUGGUUUGGAAACCAGUUUGUAGCAGGAUGUGUGAUAAUAACGGACACCUCCGGAGGUUUAGAAUCUCCAUCACUGUGUUUAUCACGGUGAGUUCU